UAUUUAAGCAGAUGAUAAAUUUUAAUUCCUUCUCAAAAUAAGAAUUUGGUAAGAACCUUUAUUGUCUAGAGUUCACAAACAUUGAGGAAGUAUCUGAGAGCAUACCUCGAUUCUUCAUUGCAACUCUAGGAAGUAAUAAUCCUCAGAUGCAUGAGAAGAAAAAUGAAACAAAAAAUAAAGAGAAUCAGCCUCGCAGCAGCCAACCCAAAGAUUUAAAAGUCUUCUUGGUUCAAAAUACAGAAGUGAAUCAAUACACUUUAUUCACCAUCCUUAAAAUUGAAAACUCCUAUUUGGAUUUGAUAAAUUUCAUAACAAAUUUAAUUAUGAGUAGAACUGAUGGAUUCAUCUUCACAAUUACUUAAUUUGGAAUAGAAAGUCUUUUGAAGCUCAAGAAAGAUAUAAGCAUUAAGAAUCAUAAUUAUUCUUUAUCGUAAUUAAUUUCUGAAGAGUUCUAAGAUACAACUUCUCAAGAUUGUGAAACUCUACUCUUAUUAGAACAUGAAAUAAGUUCUUCCGAGUACUUGGAUUUUAAUAAUUUUAUUUCAGGUAGUUUGAAAACUUUCAAGAAGUUGAUUGUAAUUUUCAACGAAAGCUGUUAAUCUUUGAAAGAUCUAAGUUUAGAGUCAAUGCAUUCAUAAUUCCCAAGUGAAUUAGUUCAGUUUUUAUAAUAACUAAUGAAUUUAUGA